UUUCAUUUUCACCUACUGACUGGUUCGAGUAUCCCCUGAAAUAUUUUGCUUAUAUAAGCAGUCUUGAAGUCUUUCGGAAUUACAUGUGAGAUGAACGACUUGUUACGGACUAAUAUCGUGAGCGCAUAGAAUAAGGUCAUCAAGAUGACUCUGAUUGUGAUUGACUCUCAAGAUGACACUCAACAAUCAUUUGCUAACCCCUCGGCAUGUAAACAAUGCGAGGUCCGACGGAUUCGGGACAAAGCCCAUUGUGGCUGUUGUCGAGGAUGAUUACCGAUGCAAGCGACAUCAUGGAUAAGUACAAGUUGUAUCACCGCUUGAUAGAUCUACAACAAAAGAUAAUUGAGCAGUUGAUUUAAGGUGGCUAGCUAACGAUGACCUCGAACCAUUUCGACACUUUCCAGGUCAAUUGGAGUCCGUCUGAACGAGAAGACUUCACAGUAAAACCAGUCCAACGACAAGCUACACCAUACUCUCCCAUCAAGUACUUCUUCGGGUGGCAAGAGUUCGAUUCGAAGGGCAACAUCAAACCAACGGGACAAAGAUUUUUGCACCUCUUUUCUAGCAGAGUUGAAUUAUCAGACGAGGAAGAAUGGAAAUUCGACAGACCACUUGGCAAAGGCUCUUUUGGUGCCGCGGCGCUCUUUGUGAAGGUUGAUGGGACGGGGAAGACUAUCGAUGACUUCGUGUUGAAAGUGGCUGACUUGAGGCCUUUUGAUCGUCUUCACGAUAAGAAGAUUGGUCUCACCCGUGAGGCCGCGAUUAUGGCCCAAACAAAUACACUAAACUCAGACAGCAUUGUCCGACUGAGGCACUUCAAUGUCAGCGACAACUAUGGCAGAUAUUACUUUGAACAUUGCCCUCACAGUUGUUUGGAGUCACUGCGCCUAAACUACAAGGCUUGGGAGUGA